AUGAAAAGUCUCAAUGCCCUCACCACAGGGGGAGUGAACUACCAAGAGCAGCCAUGGCACUCGGAGUGCUUUCUCUGCAGCUCCUGUCAAAGGCCACUGGCCGGGACCCGCUUUACCUCCAAUGAGGAGAAGGGUUUGUGUGUGAACUGCUACAAGACUACUGUAGCCAAGAAAGGCAGCGGCUGCCAGAACCCCAUUACAGGUUUCGGCAAAGCCACCAAUGUGGUGAAUUACAAGGGCAGCUCCUGGCAUGAGUACUGCUUCAACUGCAAGAAGUGUUCCCUGAGCGUGGCUAGCAAGUGCAUUGUGGCCAACUCAAGGGACAUCUUCUGCUCAGAAUGUGCCAAGAAGCUCUGA